AUGGAGGCACUUAACUCGCAGUCUGGCAAACGUGUCAAUUUCAGCCAGUCGGUAUCGUCGGUGAACGUCGCUCCGAUCAGCUCAUGUGAGGAAGUUUCCUACGGCGGCCACCACUAUCCGAGGCCGAAGCCUCGAAAACGAAACAGCAUCAAAAAACGCCGUUCGAAAACAGUCGGCUUUGUGCACGACUUUGCAGCGACCAGUUCCCCUCAGCUGCUGUGCGGCGACAAUGACAACAACGAUGAGCUGACGGGGGUAAACCGGCAUCUGAGUGUUAGCGAUGUGUCCAGCCAGAACGACCGAUACCCAGCGACGGCAAACAUCGCCAGUAUGGGUUUACGCUGUCAAUCCGACUGUACAUUGGUGUCGAAGCAGGGGGUCAGUAAAAAUAACGAUGCUCAGGCAUUUCGCCGGCUGACCACUCAUCUGCCAGUCGCAGCUUCGCUCAACGGAUGCGAUCGUCGGAACGAAGCCAGGGCCGAUCCUACGUGUUCCAUACCGACCACUACUGGCAGCAAAACGUCUUUGUCAUUCGACGACAUCAGGUGGAAGUUUGAAAAAGCUUGUGCCGAGCUGAACCAGAUCGACGAAUAUCUGGAUCAUCAUGAACAGAUUCGAAGGUCGCAGAUAGAAUCGCAGCGUCAGUCGAGGGAGGUCCGAUUUUUGCGCAACGGCGUUCGACCCUCGCAACAGGCCCGAGGAGCAGUUCAGGUGGUCCCUAGCAGUCUUUGUCGCCCAUUGACAGGGGCUGUGACGGAACCGGUGCCUGUAGAACGCCGUUUGAACAGUAAAGUGCCAAUCGUCUGUCCGAAAGCUGUGAGAGCUGUUUCUGAACACGAUCUGCGGUCAAAUCGUGGGACACCAUCCAAUACGAGGCCGUCACUCUCCACCCCAGCCUACGUAUCACUGUAUCGGAAGGGAACACAUCAAGGAGCGGACCGAAACAAUUCAUCGACGGAUGAGGAAGCGAAUUCCUCCGCGCUGAUCAACUGGAGAAACAAGGAAACGAGCUGUCUGAAUAAGCCAAAGCCUCUACGGGAAUGUCAAAUGUUUAAGUCGAAGCUGUCAGUGCAGCGAGUAGUGGACAGCAUCAUCAAACAAGCGGAGACGCAGUUCAGCACCGCAUCCGUACAGUCGCUGAAGAACAAGGCACUGCGCGAGUGCGUAGCCAAAAUUCAGGGAGCAGCGCCAUCCUCCUCCUCGCCGACUGCGGCAGUCGCUGUCACUAAAUUCCAAGACGCAUGUACCCAGACCUCAUCGACUUCGUUGUCCCGCAGCUCCAGCUUUACGUGGCUGUCUGAAGGAGAUCUGCCUUUUUACGUUUCUUCGCAUCGGGACUCCGCCGUUUCGGCGAAGCUUGAUUUCGACGUCGUCUCGUCGUCCGAUUCGACAACGGAGGUGGAGAGGACGGUGUUGUCCGAGUCGAUGCCGUCUGAGAUGUGCUCUGAGUUCUGUGCCGAUGGUACGGAACAGUCCAGUUCUGACUUCAGCGAUGACGAACAUUCGAGCGGCGCCGACGUGGCAUCUCAUUUUGUUCCCAGCAGCAACACUCCCUCGACGACCAAGUUCCCGCCGGCUGUCUCAUCUGCCUUGUCCCAGGCAUUUCGUCAAGUUGAUGGUGGAUAUCACCCCGCAGAGAGAGAAGACAAACAUAACAGCGCGUGCGCAAACGCGAGUAUUAGCAACAGAGAUGCGGCUGUUACGGCUGGAGGCCAAAAGCAGGACGACCAGGUAUCAUCGAUGUUCAGCAGCGACAACAAGUCUUCCGAUGUGGCUUCUCGUCCGCGACCGAUAAACGGUUCCAAAAGUACACGUCCCCCGGUGAUAAACAAGGUGGCGGAAAUGGCGGGCAAGUGCUUCGGAAAGAGUGGCGUCUGCGCGUCGGCACAAUCACCAUUUUUCAAAAAGAGAGAGGGGCCAUCGCCGUCACAAACGCCGCAACUGACCGCCAAGGUGCCGUCCGAAACUGAAAUCCCUCGUCUCAUCAACCGUAAAUUGCAGCUUUCGAAAAGUGCACUGGGACUUGCGUUCAGGAAAACGGCCGAAAAUCCAAGCUUGUUUUCCCGCGGUUCAGACUCAGGCGGCGAUCUACCCUCUUUCGAAGUUGGUCGUCAGAACAAGAAUUUUGGAGUUUCGCUUCUGCACGAAUUCCCUCCGCAGCUGUGCAAUAAAACAAGCAAGCAAACGAAUGCAGUCGAUUUGCAGCCUUCUCGUUACGCGGUUAGUGCCGCGUUCAGGUCUUCUAAAGAAGACUCGAUAGCUGAGUCACUUCCGUGCUUAACGGCUACGAAAACGAAGAUGAAGCCUGACGAAUCCGCGGAUUCAGAAAAGGUAAGCUUCCCCAGUGCUAGACGUUAAAC